AUGCGGCUCUUCUCGCGACUUCUGCCUGGCAGUGUGGCUGAGGGCAUGUGCGACGAGCUGUGCAAGCAGGCUUUGUUGGAUAUCGACGAUGCGGUGGCUGACCUGCAUGAGAAGGAGAAGGCGGCGAUCAGCUAUCAGCCUCGAGAACAUCAGUUUGAAGAAGGAGCCGGGCCCCAGCAUCCAGGCCCUCCACCAGGGGCCGAGGGCGCCAGGACCGCUCCAGGCGAGUCGCAGGGCUCUCGCGGUCGGGAUGCAUGCACCCUCACGACUGAGAGCCUUCGCAGGCGCGGUACGAGCGAUGCAAGCUCAGAGAGAGAGGCGGAGUCGGACCACCAGGAUGCCGAGACAGACUCGAGCCCGAGGCAGAGCUGGGCUUCGGAGGACCGGACGCCUCGGAGCGACUCGCCUGAGACCCCGCGGCCUGAGGUUCCGACACGAGAUGUUGCACCUGCCAAAACUGUGAAUCCAGUGACGGUGUAUGUGAGGUCAUUGAACGGCAAGCUGUUGUUGGAGCUGCAGCAAACACGUUAUCGGCACCUGCUCAUAUUGCCCUUGAAGCACUUCGUUUGCGGGCUAUUGCAUAUUUGUCCGAAUACGUGCCACCUCAUUUAUGGACACGACAAGCUGGGACUGGAUGAGAAGCUUCAGAACAGGCUUGUGGCUGGAUCUGACGUUGUGGACUUGAUCCUGUAUAAGCGGGGCCGUCCACCACGGGCUGCAAAACAGGCAGCGUCGGAUUGA